AUGUCGACCUUUUCGGCGACGCUCCACCAACGCGUCGCGACUCCCGUCACGCCCCACCACUCUCCACAACUGUCACAGCACUCUCUGCACUCCACAUCCUCUACCCGCUCCUACACUCCCAUCCACUCCCUCUCGCUGCACGACUAUCGCAAACAGCAAACCUCGCCGAGAACUCCUGAGCCACCCGAGGGCAGACGGCUCAAAAGGAAGGCCGCCGCCACCCGCUUGAACGGCAGCGAGCGCGAGCCUCUUCUUCAACUUCAGCGCACCAACCCUCCGCGGCUCCCUCCGUCUCCUCCGUCAACCUCCCACUCGGAGCCGUACCGCCACGAGCCCGACUCGUCAUUCGCUGGCCUGCACGUGUCCUCUUUCCGUUCGCUUCCAGCUCUGCAGCAGCGACCGUCGCUUGGUCUACGCGACAUCGCCCGCCUCAACGCGUCUUCUGCAGAUCUUCCACCUGUCGGCGCGUCCAACGCGCCAGCACUUCCGCGCGACUUUGGCCUGGGGUCGCGGAAGCGACUGCCGCGACCGAAAGACAUCGAGAUCCGACAACCGCUCGCCGCUUCGCCCAUCCCAACCGAGCCGUCCAGCCUCAAUCUGCUUUCGACUGCAGGUCUUGCCAGCACUUCUACCUUCACGCUUUCGAAGUUCCCUUUUCCCGAGCCGCCGCAAACGCAGCUCGCCGGCCAAGUCACCCCGCCGUUGAACGUUUGGCCACCAGAGUCGAAUCCAGCCCACACACCCUCGCUGCUUGACACCCCACCAGCUACGCCAGCUGUUCUUCAUUUCAGAGGCACGUCUUUUGAUGUUGUUAAUCCCCACAACUCCCUCUACCUUUCAAACCUGGAAACUCCCGCAGAUGUCGACGAGCCCAAUGACUACUUUAAUAGGACGUCGCUGGACCAACUGUUGCCAGCCGACAUGUCACCCUCGUCCACCCAGGACGAGGGAGCUGCGAAGCAACCGCAGCGGCCCUUGUUCGACGACCUGAGAUCCGCUCACGAGUCGAUUGCAAAAUCCAAGUUCCAAUCUCCGACGCCCCCGCGCAACCCUCCUCGCGAUCAUGCUGAGGCCAUCUUGUCUUCGGUCGUUCCUGCUCAUCUAAACACUAAGCCUGAUCGUCGUGCUUCAAUUAUAGAGCGCGCGCGUACCGUCUUCAAAAGGAAGGAGAGCAGACCGGUGGAAGUCGAUGAAGAGCUCAAGGGCAUACCUUACGACUCAACCUCGAACACUUACGGCGCGCCCGCGACCAAUGCUUUUAGCUCUUCUGCGACGAUCGUCCCUGGAGACGCCAGAGCUGAUGCCACCCGCCCUUCUGGUGACACGUGGGAGACCCUCUCGGAGGCUAACGCGCCUCAAUAUGACCAACUUUCCGUGUACCCUGAUACGGAAUUUGACUCGAACUCGCUGUAUUUUGGACCACUCAACAAUCGGCGAAGCGUUCCAUUCGGUGUCCAGAACCAGAUUACCGACUACAGCGGCGAGAUCUCCUACGAGUUUGAAGACACUCCUCAUCACUCAUAUAUGAACCUGACUAGAAACCCCUCCGUGAACGGUCGCGGUGCUCAAACGCUGUCGAAAACCAUUGACAAUACUCUGGGAAACAUUUACGAUCAGUAUGGAGGUGGAGCGCCUUAUGACGCCGCCAUAUCGACCGACGACCUCAUCACUGACGAUGAAGAUGACGACACUACGACUGUCAAAGGUCCAAGCCUUCGCAGCAUGAUUCCCACAAGUCCCCGCGAUAAUCGUAUUUCGGGAUUCAGCAAGUUCGACUUCGAGCUUGAUGAUUUUCGUAACAGUGGCAAUCCCGAGAGCCCUGUGACAAGCCCUGUGACCCCUCAGGAUGGCAUGUUUCCGAGGGCUCUGGCUGUCAUGCGCGCUUUGCCAGGAAACCCACCAAACUCUCUGCCUCCUCUUGCUUCUGGAGAGCUUGGAGAGGCCCGUCGAGUGUAUGCGCCCACAUCAGAGGACUUCUCUAACCGCGCCUCUUCUUACGGCGAUACCCGGAAGCUCCUGGGCCUUUCGGGCAACAUUGAUGCGACGAACCGGAUGUCUGUGAUCACCGAGGCUAGCCGCUUCUCCGAAGGUGACAAGUUGCCUCCUCAGUCGCCUCUGCAAGAGUUCAUGGAAAGGUGCGAUAGCCAGAGGGGAACUCCGGAGCUCGAGGAAUAUCGGGAACAGAGUCAGAAUAGCUUGCUCAGCUCUGACACUGAUGCGAGCAAACAGUUUGAUAUGAGUGUCGGCGGCAUCGCCGUUCAGAUGCCAGGGAAGGAAAAUGUUGCGCCUGUGUGUCCUGAGCCCGGUCUCCGCAGGCAAGCAAUGGUCAGCAAUGCCGAACGCAACAGCACUGGUAGCGAUAUUCCUCCAAUGUGGAUGCGCUCAGCGUCCCCUGGUCCUGCAGCUCAACGCAACGAAUCACCAGCAACCCUAGCUACAGACUGCACUGAUGGCGAUUGGGAGACUCUUGCCCAGACCACAACUGCCGGAGAUCGCACUCGCCAUAACUCAGUUGAGCCAGAACUUCCUACGCAAGACGUUAGCCCUCUACAAAGGACCAGUACAAACCCGUGGCGUCGCAACAAAAUCGCUGAGGGAGAUAGUGUCAGCCCUGACGUGACUUCACCAACGGAGAUCAAAGACAUGCCCCGUUUCCCACGUGACAGCCAGCUAUCCUUCCUUCGACACAGCCGCCUCGGGAGAGAUGUCCGGCAUUCUACCUUGAGCGCCUCGAACUCAGCGAGCCAACGUCCUUUCGAACUCUCUGCAGACCAAAUCAAGGACCUUGUUGCCUUCGGACCGAGCGAUGAAAUUGUCGAGGAGUACGAAAUGUCGCCUUUGGCUCAUAGAGCCAAGUCUCAAGGGCCGGACCCCUCGACCUCUCCUAUGAAUAGGAGCAGUCGUGUCAAUUCGUUCGACAAGUUCGCACUUGUGGGCCCCGAAGCCAAUCUGACUGGUACCCCGAUGGGUACUGGUAUGCGGUUCGCGGGCAGUAGUACUGCCGGGUCCUCAUCCAGUCCGCCCAGCAACACGAAAGCUUACCAGGAGAUCUUCGCAAGCUCACCGCCAAGCCUAUCCACUCCCGCACGGCAGAGUCUUCUAGGCAGGUCCCCCAACACCGAUUUCUACAGCCCGACCGGAGGUCGGAUUGUCAGUUCAGGCCAUCACAACCCGUUCCAGACUCCAACGCCAUACAAGUCAUCCCCUCUCGCCAGAGGAAGCAUUGUUAGCAGCUCAUCCAGCAGGAUACCGGUAAUCAGUUCUUACGGCAAAGAGAUUGAUAGCCUUCGUGCUGCUUCCUCAAGCCGCGCAGAACGCUACCGGAAGAUGAAGGCCGCGUCGGUGGAUUCUUCCAGGACAAGCACCCCACGUGCUAAUGGCAUAGCCAUGCCAAGAGCAUCAGUCCGAGGCAUGACUUCUCCUUUCCCAUUGACGCUCCGAUGUCAAAAUAGCGAAACGUUCGGUAGCGACCGCUCUGAACCUGCCACAGUUGUUCGCCCAAGCUCUACCGUGACAGGUGAGCCUCUCUACCGCCAUUCACCGCAUUUACUGCAGCUUUCGAGGCCGCAAUCAUCCAACAUGACUGAAAUAGUCAAGAAGAAGAAGCGCCUGUCGUGGGUGAUAUUCGCCGUCUGCGCCUGGUUCCCUCCGACUGCCAUCCUGAUGUUCUUUGGAGCGCUUGACGGCUUGAUGUUCCAGAUGAGCGGUCGUGAGAUAAGCCACGUCGGCCAAUUUCAGAAGAAGUGCGCCCUCGUCGCCUUCAUCUCGGAAAUCGUCCUACUGAUCCUGGUCAUGACCCUGUGGCUCGUCCACGUCAUUUAA